UAUUCAUUGUAUAAACAGAAUGGAAAUAAUGAAAUUGAUUUGAAGGAAGCAUCCAAUUUAUUUACAGAUCUUGGUUUUAAUUUCAAUAACGAAGAAUUGGAAGCAAUCUAUCUCUACUUGGAUAAUGAUGGAAGUUUGACAAUUGGUUUUGAUGAGUUUUUACAUUGUUGGGAAGCACUUGCAACAAGAAAAUCAAUUCUCAGAGGAGAGAAUCUCAAACUUCUUGUGACUGCUUGUAAAUUAUUCAAAACAUUCGAUAAGGAUAACAGCAAAAAGCUAAGUUUGGACGAAUUCAAAGUAUUCCAUGAAAAACUCUGCACUAAAUACGAAGAUCUUGAUCCAUUUGAAGAAUUAAUCAAGAGCUUAGAUAAAGAUGGGGAUGCAAAGAUCAACUUUAGAGAAUUCAUAAUGUGCCUCAAUUGGUUUAGUGUAUAA